CCCCCCCAGACGGGAAGCCCCGCUCAGAAACCACGCCCUACGUAGAAGACACACACCCUUCGUGGACCGCUGCUUGCAGGCUUUUCCGGCUACCUUUCCUCCCGCGUUGAAGAUGGCGGCUGCUGCGGGAAGGUUGCUCUGGUCCUCGGUUGCUCAGCAUGUGAGUGCCAUUUCCAGGGGUAUUUCUGCCUCAGCAGUUCUUAGGCCUGUUGCUUCUAGAAGAACCUGCUUGACAGACAUACUGUGGUCUACCUCUGCCCAAGCAAAGUUUGCCUUUAGCACCAGUUCCACAUUUCACACCCCUGCUGUCACACAGCAUGCACCCUAUUUUAAGGGUACAGCUGUUGUCAAUGGAGAGUUCAAAGAGCUGAGUCUCGAAGAUUUUAAAGGGAAAUACUUGGUGCUUUUCUUCUACCCUUUGGAUUUUACAUUUGUGUGUCCUACAGAAAUCGUUGCUUUCAGUGACAAAGCCAACGAAUUUCAUGAUGUAAACUGUGAAGUGGUUGCAGUUUCAGUGGAUUCCCACUUUAGCCAUCUUGCCUGGAUCAAUACACCAAGGAAGAGUGGUGGUUUGGGCCACAUGAACAUUACACUGUUGUCGGAUUUAACUAAGCAAAUUUCCCGAGACUACGGAGUGCUGUUGGAAGGUGCUGGCAUUGCACUCAGAGGCCUCUUCAUUAUUGACCCUAAUGGUGUCAUCAAGCAUCUGAGUGUCAACGACCUCCCGGUGGGCCGCAGUGUGGAAGAAACCCUACGUUUGGUAAAGGCGUUCCAGUUUGUGGAGACCCAUGGAGAAGUCUGUCCUGCCAACUGGACACCAGAGUCCCCUACGAUCAAGCCAAGUCCAACAGCUUCCAAAGAGUACUUUGAGAAGGUCCAUCAGUAGGUCAUCCCAUGGCUGGUGUUCACCCAAAGCUUCUCAUGCCAGAAAAGAGUCAUAGCUGGAAUCCUUUCAACAACGUCAACAACGUGAAAAUUAUUUAUAGAUGACAAAACCUCAUCAUGCUUGUUUAUGAGUACUGCUCCAUGGCUUUGUUUCAUAAGACAGGCUCAGGCUCCCUAUAGCUGCCUCCAUAGUUGUCCUUACUAGGGACUUGUUGAUGGCUAACUGGUUCCCACAGAAU